AUGGCUGAGACCGACUCCUUCCUUCACCUCGCGCGGCCUCUGGGCCCUGUGACGGUGGGGUCUGCACCGACCACUGCCCCUCUGAACGUUGUCAUCCACCCCCAGGCCAUCUUCUCCAUCCUGGACCACUCCCUCCGCCGAAAUGCCGACCAGGAUCGUGUCAUCGGAACGCUGCUCGGCACCCGCUCUGAAGAUGGCACCGAAGUCGAGAUCCGCAACUGCUUCGCGGUAGGACACACGGAGACGACGGACCAGGUCGAAGUGGACAUGGAAUACCAGAAGCAAAUGCUGGCGCUGCACCUGAAGGCGAAUCCGAAGGAGGUACUCGUCGGGUGGUACGCCACCUCGUCAGAACUCAACACUUUCUCCGCGUUGAUCCAGAACUUCUACAGCGGCCAGGGCGACGGGACGUGGCCGCACCCGGCGGUGCAUCUUACGGUGUCUACGGAGCCGGGGAAGGACGUCGAGGUUCGCGCAUACAUCUCGGCCCCGGUGGGCGUCACCGCAGAAAGGGCCGCCGACAGCGCAGCGUUUAUCCCGGUUCCUCAUGAGAUUCGGUACAGCGAGGCGGAGAAGAGCGGUCUGGAGGCGAUUGCCAACGCCCGGGAUUCCGAGGACCGAACUGCCAGCAUCUUCACCGACAUCGAGGCGUUGGAGCGUGCUAUUGAAGAGGUACUGGGCAUGAUCGACCGGGUCUCGAAAUACGUCGAGGCGGUCAUCGACGAGGAAGCGCCGGCCUCUACGGCACUGGGCCAGUUCCUCCUGAACGCCCUUCAAUUGGCUCCCAAGGUCGAGCCUGCUGAUAUCGAGCGUGAUUUCAACAACCACAUACAGGAUGUCCUGGUCGUUUCGUACCUCGCAAACACGAUCCGCACGCAGAUGGAACUGUCCAACCGGUUGGCGACCGCGCAAUUAACACUGGGCGGUGCUGAAUCCGGAGAGUCGGGCCAGCGAGGUCAGAGAAGCGGCAAAGGCGGCCGGAGCGGCCAGCAACAGCGAAACCAAGAACGAAGUGCAGAAGAAGUUCGCGCGUAG